UGAAGCUUCUGGUUGAGUCUUUGGGGCUCCCCACUUUGGCCUUUAAGUCCCCUUCAAAAUUAGCACUUCCUAAACCUAAACUCAGUGGAAAAUAUAAGGGGCGAGUUCUGGAUAUACUGAGGAAAAAAACUUUUUUUAAGAAAAUAGAAUGGACUGUUAUAACAUGUAUGAACAAAUGCUGAAAGUAAUGUGCCUGCAUUUUACCUAGAAGGAACCUGGGAAAAUGAGAAGUUGGGCUCUCAUCCACUGACAGCCUGAGACCAGCAGAGGAAGCAGAAAUCCAUGUUUGAUACAAUGGAGGCUUCUAAGAGAGAUGAAUCUUUCCAACAUGAGCUUCAAGAUUAUAUUAGAAGACAGAAAGCCAGAGGAUUACAACCAAAUGUUACCUUUAGACAGGUGACAGCAGAUUCUGCCCAUAAAGCAAGGGGUCCCAUUUGGCCCAGACCUCCAGUGCAGGACCAGCAACCCUACUACCAGAGAACCCCCGGGUUCCCUACUUCCUACAGAGGGCCAAAGACAGUGAAAAGACAGGUGCCUCCUUGGCCUAAAAGCCAUCACUCAGGACCGAGGCCAGGCUCUCUACAUCGCUAUCAGAAAAAUCAGGCCCAUUUCUUCAAAGGCCAGAGGCUCCCAUGCCCUGUCUACUUCUGGGAGGAUCCCAGCAGGUUCCACUGGUCACGGCAUCAGGACAGAGGCCAGAAGAGGAGGCAUGGGGAAGAGCCAGGAGAAGGAGCCACCACCUUGGAGCCCCAGCAUGCAGAGCAGCAUGGAGAGGGAGGGGCUGGUGAAGAGAACAGGAGCCUUGGCGUGAGAAAGGCCAAUGGGGAGCCCGUGGAUGCACAAAAGCCCAAGCACAGGAAGCAGAAUGACCGAGAUGGACAGGACACCACCAAAGCCAGAAGAUGGUCCCUCAGGGUAGAGGGGUUUCAGGGCUGCAUUCCAGAGAUGGACCUGUGGAAUGAGGCAGUCCUGGGUGGCUAUUACUGACACUUGGGCAUAUGGGGUCCCAGCAUUUGAAAUAAAGUAGGCAUUUGAAGUUGUUGGAAAGGAUGGGAUAAAGAACUUUUGAGCAUCAGAUUAACGUCUGGCUGAGUCAGGAGCGCUGCACCCAUCUCGUGAGAAAACUCCUAGGCCUAUUAGGGCUGGAAUAAUCCACCCCUCAGGUGUGUAGAGAUCUGACCUAGACAGAUAAACUG